AUGUCGGCAUCAGGAUCCGGAGCCCCCAACAAUGAAUCGGGGGCGUCAAGCUCUGUGAAGAAGCAAUUCCCCCAGGUCGACCUCCAGGGCAAUGACCUUCCCCCUUCCCCAGCUCCUUCCAGCCCCCACGGCAGUCGCCGAUACAACAUUGCCACCGAGUUGGUCUACACUGAGGGCAGUGACCAGUACAACGCGAGCAGCGUGCCAAUUUAUCAGAGUGCUACCUUCAAGCAAACAUCCGGAGGUGGGGGUGGUGAGUAUGACUACACUCGGUCCGGUAACCCUACUCGCACCCACCUCGAGCGACACCUAGCCAAGAUCAUGUCUGCCCAGCGGGCUCUCGUCGUGUCCUCUGGCAUGGCCGCCCUUGACGUUAUUACCCGACUUCUGCGUCCUGGCGAUGUGGUCGUCACUGGUGACGAUUUGUAUGGUGGGUCACACCGCCUGUUGAAGUACCUCUCGACCAACGGUGGAAUCACUGUGCACCACGUCGACACCACCAACUUGGACAAGGUGCAGGAGGUUUUGACUGAGAAGACUACUAUGGUACUCCUGGAGACCCCCACCAACCCAUUGAUCAAGAUUGUCGAUAUCGCCAAGAUUGCCACAGCCGCCCACGCGGCCAACCCUAACUGUCUGGUCUCUGUUGACAACACUAUGAUGUCUCCCUUGCUGCUCAACCCACUGGAUCUGGGUGCUGAUAUUGUCUACGAGAGUGGUACCAAGUACCUGUCCGGUCACCACGACCUGAUGGCCGGUGUGAUCGCCGUGAACGAUCUUACCCUGGGCGAGCGUCUGUACUUCCCUAUCAAUGCCUCAGGCUGUGGACUGUCACCCUUUGACUCAUGGCUGCUGAUGCGCGGUAUUAAGACGCUCAAGGUCCGCAUGGAUCAGCAGCAGAGCAACACACAGCGCAUUGCCGAAUUCCUAGAAAACCACGGCUUCAAGGUGCGAUACCCCGGUCUGCGGUCUCACCCGCAAUACGAGUUGCACAACUCCAUGGCGCGUGGUGCCGGUGCUGUUCUCUCGUUUGAGACUGGUAACGUGGAUGUUAGCGAGCGUAUUGUGGAGAGCGCAAAGAUCUGGGCUAUCAGUGUCAGCUUUGGCUGUGUCAACUCUCUUAUCAGUAUGCCUUGCCGGAUGAGCCAUGCUAGUAUUGACGCGAAGACGCGGGCGGAACGCGCCAUGCCUGAGGAUCUGAUUCGGUUGUGUGUGGGUAUUGAAGAUGUAGAUGAUCUCAUUGACGAUCUUCAACGAGCGCUCGUGCAAGCCGGUGCAGUAAAUGUGACAUUGGAUGGAAUCUCGGCGGCAAUCCAAAACAGUGCCUAG